AUGGCGGGGAUUGCUAUAGCAGCCAUCACGGACUGGAAUAACCGAAUGAAUACCAGCCAUGCCAAUAAUGGCCAGUCUAUAAAAGGCCUAAUCGCCGUCGCAUUUGAUCAGCGAAAUCAUGGCACAAGGCUGGUUGAUCCUAUUGGAAAUGAGGCAUGGAAACAGGGCAACCCUCGCCAUGCGCAGGACAUGUUUUCCAUCUUUCAGGGCACUGCACGGGAUGUUUCCCUUUUGAUCGAUUAUCUCCCAUCUUUCGUGUUUCCUCACUCCGAGCACAAGAUCACCGAAAACCUCGUACUUGGUGUUUCCCUGGGUGGACAUGCAGCGUGGAGCUGUAUUCUACACGAACCGCGCGUUACUACCGGUGUUGUUAUCAUUGGUUGUCCCGACUAUGUAAAUCUCAUGGCUGAUCGUGCGAGACUGUCGAAGCUCCCAGCAUGGACAAACAGUGACCCGCCGGGCUCCCAGUUCUUGGGUUCGGAGGCAUUUCCUGAGUUUCUCCUAGACACUGUCCGUAAUUAUGACCCGGCCAGUCUGUUCUUGAGCUAUUUGGACACGCAGAAGAGUGUCGAGCCUCUGCGGACCCCUACCUUGCCGGAGCCGACGGAGAAAGAGAAGCAGGCUCUACAGCCGCUGUUGGCCCGCUGCCUAGCAGGCAAAAGGAUACUUAAUCUUUCUGGCGGUGUGGAUAAGCUGGUUCCGUACCAUCGAGGAGAGGCCUUCUUAUCUUGGCUGAAACAAGCAGUUGCCCCCAACGGCUGGUUUUCCAAUGGUGCGGUGACUCUAGAAGAUGUUAUUGAUGAGAGCGCGGCGCAUGAGGUGACACCCAAGAUGGUUGACGAAGCAGUGCGGUUCAUUAGUGAUGCUCUCGCAGCCACUGACGAGGAUUCAAUAAAGUCUGGAUUUGUUCGUGAAUCCAAGAUAUAA